GGAACAGAUGCCCACAAAAAAACUUGUGUUGUGUAUGUGCGCGCAAUACAAAAAUGUACAUUUUUCAUAAAGGGCGCUGCGUGAUUCAAAGCAUGAUGCAUCCCUGAUUUCAACUGCGCGUUGCGACUUUGUGUUUCGUGCGAGGCAGCGAGGCACACACUGGAAAGCACCUAUGAAUCACGUGUGCAAACGUCACAGGUCACACUUGUCAAGUCAGAUCCGGACCGGCGAUCUCGGAAUCUAUUCAAAUUGUGCAACAACAGCGGAAAGUUGAGGGAAAAAUCACAAACCAUGGCUCUUUCAAGGCUAGCGAGCAGUCGUACAGCUGCCAGUUUGAAGACGAUCUGCAAAAUAUACAGUACCACCUUCUCUCCGCGUGUUGCUACAAUGGUACGUAGAAUUGAACUUGUUAUGUCAUCGCAUUUUCAAUUUUGAAAUUGUAUUCUGGCUAUGUGGUACACAACUAUUCAAGAAAUGAGUUGCCCAGGUUGUCAUAAUAAAUGUGUAUCAUGUUCAAACAGAGAGCUAAAAGGAAAAACUGCGGAAAGUUCAGUCGGCCACGAUGCUGAGUAUCGCAUUGAAAAAGACACAUUUGGUGAGCUCAAAGUACCAGUGGAUAAGUACUAUGGUGCACAGACUGUUAGAUCAGUUAUGAAUUUUCCAAUUGGAGGUGAAUAUGAAAGGAUGCCGUACCCGGUGAUUACGGCCAUGGGCAUACUGAAAAAAGCCGCCGCAUUAGUCAACAAAGAGUACGGUCUGGAUCCGAAGAUCGCCGAUGCUAUUUCCAAAGCCGCGGACGAUGUCAUCUCUGGAAAGUUAUACUGCGACCAUUUCCCUUUGGUCAUCUGGCAGACAGGGUCUGGUACCCAGACCAACAUGAAUACCAACGAGGUCAUUAGUAAUAGAGCCAUUGAGAUACUUGGAGGAAAAUUGGGCUCAAAGGAUCCCGUUCACCCAAACGAUCAUGUGAACAAGUCGCAAAGUAGCAACGACACGUUUCCGACUGCCAUGCAUAUAGCAGUAGGCAUGGAAAUCGAACACACGCUGAUGCCUGGACUCAAACAGCUCACCGAGUCCCUGGAGAAGAAGGCCAAAGAAUUUGAUAAGAUCAUUAAGAUUGGCAGAACGCAUACGCAAGAUGCUGUGCCGUUGACGUUGGGACAGGAGUUUAGCGGCUACGUGCAGCAAAUGAAGUUCGGCAUUGACAGAGUGAACGCGACUUUACCCCGUCUCUACAUGCUCGCCCUUGGUGGAACAGCGGUAGGUACUGGCUUGAACACCAGAAAGGGCUUCGCAGAAAAGUGCGCCGCCAAGAUUAGCGAACUAACCGGGUUGCCCUUCGUCAAGGCACCGAACUUCUUUGAAGCCCUUGCCAGUCACGACACGAUGGUUGAAGUGUCGGGAGCCCUCAAUGUCAUCGCAUGUUCGCUCAUGAAGAUCGCUAAUGAUAUAAGGUUCUUGGGAUCUGGACCUCGUUGUGGUCUUGGAGAACUAUCUCUUCCUGAGAAUGAACCUGGCAGCUCGAUUAUGCCUGGCAAAGUGAACCCUACACAAUGUGAAGCCAUUACUAUGGUCGCAGCACAGAUAAUGGGUAACCAUGUUGCGGCAACAGUGGGAGGUUCCAAUGGGCAUUUCGAGCUGAACGUGUUCAAACCCAUGAUGGUUGCCAAUGUGCUGCGAUCAAUCAGAUUGAUUGGAGAUAGCAGCAAAUGCUUCGCCACCAACUGCGUCGAUGGAAUCAAGGCUAACGACGAGAAGAUCAAGAAGCUGUUGCAUGAGAGUUUGAUGUUGGUUACUGCGCUCAACCCACACAUUGGUUAUGAUAAGGCCGCCUUAAUUGCCAAGACUGCCCAUAAAGAAAACUCAACUUUGAAGGAAACUGCUAUCAAGCUAGGCAUUCUGACUGCAGAGCAGUUUGAUGAAUGGGUGAAACCCGAAGAGAUGUUAGGACCUAAGUAACUGUUCAUAUUACGUCUUUUGAUAUGCUGUAUUUUGUAAAUACAUUUUGUGGUUAUAAUUCGUUUAUUUGUAUCCAGUAUUUUUUGUUAUUUAAAAAUUAAAAUGUUGAUGUUUUGAAGAUA